ACACGCUGCUGCAGUGUGGUGUGCCUUUACUCAGGAGAGUCAUUGAGGGAACACCAGCAUUUUGUAUUAGAAUGCACUAAACCGGAAGUUAUGGAUCCUAUACCCGAGAUAGAGAGUAAAAAAGUCGACAUUUAUCGGGACACAUGGGUUCGGUUUUUGGGAUAUGCCAACGAGGUGGGCGAGGCAUUCCGUGCCCUCGUGCCUGUCAGCAUGGUGUGGGCGAGUUACGCUGUCGCUAUGGCGUACGUAUCAGCUGAUGCAAUGGAUAAAGGCAAGAAGGCAGCUGUGGCUCACGGAGAUCACCCGGGGAAGACUACCCGCAUAGCUGUGGCCGUCGUGGACACGUUUGUGUGGCAGGCGCUGGCGUCCGUGGCCAUUCCCGGCUUCACCAUCAACCGUGUGUGUGCUGCUUCUCUCUUUCUGCUGGGCAAAACCACGCGGUGGCCUUUACCCGUGCGCAAGUGGACCACCACCACCAUCGGCCUUUCUACUAUCCCUUUCAUUAUCAAACCCAUCGAUAGGUCUGUAGAUUUCCUCCUGGACUCCAGUUUGAGGAAGGUGUACGGUGGAGGAGAAAAGCACGAAUGAAACCCAGGGAACCGACAUGAAGCUGAAGGACGCUCGUCCGUGUAAAAUCUCAUCAGAUCGCAGCAGAAGAGGCUGAUUUUUCAUUUCCAUCCACGACGCAUAACCUCGUCUAGUAACGAUAACAGUGUGCCAAUAGUUUUGAGACGAGUCUCGAAGUCCGAUAUAGUGAUUCACUGGGCUGAAUAAUGAGCAAUAUUUUCAUAUUUUUCAAAAAAUACAGCAUAUAGGAUGCAGUAUAGUAUACUGCUAAGAGUCUGAAUCUGUCAUUUCUUCUUCUUAUUAUUAUUAGUAUUAUUUUUUUUCAGGUAAAGUUUUUUUUUUUUUUCCUAAAAAUGUAUCAAGGCACCGCCAUAUGUUGAAUUAGAAUUUUGUGUAUCGUUACACUCCUAUGAGUUUCGUAUACUGUAAGAAACACAAUACUAGUGAUGUGUGAUAAUACUGAAAAUAAACAUUGUUACGGUUUAUUAAAAAAAAAAAACGAUGUAGCUGUAUUAUCUAGUUAGCUUCAAACUUUUGAUACGAGUAGGUCACGAUAUAAACAACUUGAGACUCUUGCACAGGAUCCUGGGUACCUAGUGUCACUUGAUUAUCUUUUAUUUUUUCCUCAGUCAUAGUGUCCUAUUGUUCCAUAGUUUUCCCUUAGACACUUGUUUUUGCCUUGCUCAUGUUUAGUCUGAUAUAUUCAUAGAUAAAGCCGAUGAAAACAUUUCUCUAAAAUGUAAAUAAAUUUAUUUUUGUACCUCGGUGCAUUAUAGCGAUGGUUAUCAAAGCAGAUUGUUGAGAAUGUUGUGAAGGUUUGAGCAUCACUAUGCAAAAGACACCAAGCCAUAAGUUGCAGAUGUGCACAUUUUAGCCAAUUUAAAAUUCUGUGAAAACGGGGAAAAAAUAUAUAUAUAAAAAAAGAUAUGAAACCAUAAUUUGUCCCAGCGAACAGGUGGCUGUGAUGUCAAGAACAGAAAUGGUGAAUCUUUUUACUCUGUAAGUGAACUUGAUCUGUAUAGUCACAUAUUUUAUUUGGAAUAUACAUACAUCUAUGACUACUGUGCAAACAAAGGGAAGAGUGUUUAUUUGUUUACAUGGGUUUUUUUUAAAGAAAUUUAUGUUUUCAUGUUAUGGGGCAUCAAAUAUGACAUGGUGCUGAAAAUUAGAAAAAAAAUUUUUUGGGGGGGUCAUUUUUAGCUGUAUUAUGAUAGCAUUUUUAAAAAGAGCUCUGGAAUGACACUUUCAUUUUUAAAAAUUGAUGCUUAAUAUAAAAGAAAAGAAAUGCUGUAACAAAAUCCAUAAUAAAGUGAAACGUAUAAAGAAA